GCUAAACGCGGCUCUCCCAGCUCCAGCUGACGCCACCAUAACAACGACACUCGCGAAGACCAUCACCACCACUACGACCCCUCUAACGAUCAUGACUGCGAUCGCUGUAAUGACCAUGAUAGCUUCACGCAAGAUAGUGACAUGACAGGAUUUAUACAGUAGCUAUUUGUUAUAGCCCUAUAACCUGCCAUCACGGGGCUGGCGGCGUCUUCGUCUCCCGUUACUGCUCUGCCUGCCGCGCAACACACCUCGUGCCUAAGAAAUAUGGCGCUACGACAGUAUUUACAGAAUGGAAAGCUGAUUUUAUCAGCCAGCAAACGCCAUGGAUGUUCACUUCAAACAUGCCACAUGGUGAAAUGUCAUCCUUCAAUUAAUACAUUAAAUAUGAGUUUUUCUGUUAAAAGAUUUAUAACACAUUUUUCUUCACAGUUGUUCAGUAGAACUGUGGUAUUAAGAAACUUUCUGGAAAUGCAAAGAUGUAGUUAUUCAAAUAUAUCAGGAAUAAAUUGCAGUAGUAAAGAAUUAGAUGAUUUUGAUAAUGGUGAAGGAGAGAAUCAUAAGAGUAAUGCUCAACUUGAUGACAUAUUCAUAAAUAAAGCACAAAUGUCAAGCACAGAGUGGGAAGAUGUGAUUGACCUUGCCUCUCAUUUGAAAUACCAAAUUAGUGAAAAGAGCUGUGAUGCUAUCAUGAUGGGAAAGUGCCAAACACAUUGCAAUUAUCUUCUUGCAAAUUCCUACUUGGACCACAUAGAGAGACGGGGGCGAGAGCCCAACUUGGCAACUCUUGGGACAUACCUGCAGCUAUGUGGGGAGGCAGUGGACCAGUGUGGGGAGGAGAAGGUACUGGAGGUCUACCAAAAGCUCACUAGUCAAGUUAAGAUGCUGGAUUCCAGUUUGAGCAAAAAGGCUAUUCUGGGUUUAACAUCAACACGUGAGUGGAAGCACUCAUUCAAACAUCUCUCUGUAAUCAAGAAGAUGGCCAACAUCUGUAAUGCAACAUACAGUGCCAUUAUUGCUGCUGCCUUCAGAAAUAAUGACUAUGACACUGGGUAUCAGUACUUAGAGGCUAUGUGGAGUGAUGAGAAGGUACCAAAUGAUAAGGUGUUUCUUGAGUUUAUUAAACAGUGUGCUGCUGUCGAAAGCACUGAGGAAAAGAUAACAAUGACACAGACUCUGUUUCACAAGCUUGCUAUCUUCGACAUCUUUCCUCGCUUGCUUGUUAUUCAAGAGAUUGACGUAUUGUAUAGAAAAAGCUUAGGUUGGUUUAGUAACUACGUGGAGAUACACAAAAGGGGAAGAUGUCCAGCAUGUGGAAGUCAGCUGGAAGGUCUAGCAGUUGAUGAAGAGGAAUUCAAGCACUUACAGGAGGAGUUUGUUCCCCGAGUACUACAUAAGUCAGAUAUUUAUCUGUCGAGUAGCCCCAGGGAAUGGGCAGAUUUCCGUGAUUUUGUAGAGGAGCACGAACCUUUCUCAACCGUAGUGGAUGGCCUGAAUGUGGCAUACGUAUGUGGCUUUGAUAAAUCACCUAGUAUCCGGGUUAAAGUGCUUAGAAAUGUGGUAGAUGAAGUUCUAAGACAAAAUCCUCACGGCCGUAUAUUGGUUAUUGGACGAGAACACAUGAAGAGAUGGUCGCGUGAAGGUAUAUUUAUGAACAAGAAAGGUGUGAGUUUUUAUACCCUCAACAAUAUGUCAAGAGAUGAUGGAUUCUUCAUAUAUGCAGCUCUCCAGUCAGGAUUUGGAACUAAUUUCAUAACCAACGAUCUGCUACGAGACCAUCUGUUCCGUCUUGGACAGGUAUCACUAAGAGAUACCUUCCGCCGUUGGCAGAGAAUGCACCAAAUAAAGAUCGUUUCAUUACGUACUGGUGUGCGUCUUUUGGCUCCUCCAAGUUUUAGCACCACUGCACAGUGUGGAGUAAAUGGUGGGUGGCACAUCCCCUAUGAUGACGGGAAACCUCGUGAGUCAUAUCAGCUGCCCCAGACCUGGCUCUGCCUGCAGUCGGCUCCUCCAGGGAAAAAAUUAAAGUCUUCUCAACUUGAUAAAGUAUAUGAUAAUAAGGUUAGACACAGUGACUGGAAAAUAAAUAUUGAUAAAUAUAAAAAUACGAACCAACCAAAAGCUAAAAAAACUUUAAUGAAGGAUAUGAGGCUUGAACACUUGAAAAGAGCUCUGUCUAGACAAACAGAGAUUGGAAUUGUAAACGAGAGAACCAAGCCUUAUCCAGCAAGAAAAACUACUGGAAAGAAGAGAAUAACAGAUUUUCAAUCGUCUACAAUCAGAAACGUAUUUAAUGAUGACGACGAUAAGUAGAAAGUCAAAUUCCAGAUUAGUCCAACAAAUGAGUUAUCUUACCGUUUUCAUCUUUUUCCCCGUCUUUGGUUUUUUAUACCAAAAAAAUGAUAUUUGGUACACACAGAAAUCACAGUAGCGUGAUAUAUCUAAUGAACAAAUCCACAAGGGCCGACCCUUGUGAGGGCAAAUAGCACUCCAGGUUGCAAUUCUUGUACUAUGUCGUGGAGCAAUCGACUAAGGCAUGUCUGGGAUCAGAACAACCGUGGGCAUCUUCAAGAGAAAACUAGACUUCUAAAAAAAACGUGCCAGACCAACUGGGGUGUGGUAGGUAUGUGGGCCUGCGGGCCGCUCCAAGUAACAGCCUUGCGGACCAAACUCUCACAAGUCAAGCCUGGCCUCAGGCCGGGCUUGGGAAGUAGAACAACUCCCAGAACCCCAUCAACCAGGUAUCCUGGAUGUAGAUUUGAACCCUCAUCACUGUCCUUGUGGAUUUGUAUAUAUUUGAUAUUUGUGAGCUUUGUACUGUGUAUGUUUGCAUAUCAUUACAAUAUACAGUACAUUUUAUAAAAA